AGUUUAUUACAUUCUGUUCAUGGUUUUAAUUUCCAGUCAUUUGAUUUAUGAAUUUUGAGCUGACUUGUAAAGUACCCGCUUCAUAAAAUCAACAUUGAACCACUGCAAUCAAUGAACGAAGGUCUUAUGGGUGUGAAACAACAUGAGGGCUUCCCAAACGAAUAAUGAGAUCAGAACACAACAUACCAUGAUGUGAUCUCUCUCUCUUCGCUGUGCCCUGUGACUUUCAAGUGGAUUUGAAGGCAAAGGCAAACAUGCUUUGAAUAUGGAAAAAUUUCUCCUAUUAUAACUUACAGAGCAGGAAGUGGGAUGGGUCGUGUGUAUCUGAUCGAGCCGGCUGUUGGCUUUUAUGCGUUUGCCAUGUUUAUGAUCUACCCUCUGCUGCAGCAGUAUGUGUACCGUAGGCUGUGGUUUGAACUGAGUGGCACAACCUACCCUGCAGAGAGUCUGUCUCAUUGCUCAAACAACCACAGCUAUGUCACCAUACACCAGGCAGUGCAGAAGGAGACAUCUCUUUUCCUCCUCCAGAGUGAACUGUGCUUUCUCAUUCCCAGUCUCAUAUCUGCACUACUCCUGGUCUCAUACAGUGACUACUGCGGGCGUAAAGUUGCCAUCGUUCCUCCUCUGGUGGGCGACACUCUGUUCUCCCUGAGCUACGUUUUGGUCAGUAGAUUCUCCUUCAGCCUCAAUUACCUGUUAGCUGCCUCCUUCCUAUCAGGCCUGAUGGGCGGACCCGCCAGUCUGAUUGGCGGAUGUUUCGCCUAUGUGGCUGAUCUCUGUGGAGAAGGUCCGGAAGGGCAGAAAACUGUCCGAAUGGCUCGACUGGACAUGAUUUUAGGGGUUUUGUCUGGUUUAGCUUCUCUGUGCACUGGAUUCUACAUUGAAGCAGCUGGCUUCACUUGGCCCUUUCUCACCGCAGCCUGUGUGCAUCUGGUAAACCUCCUCUAUGUGCUGGUGGUUUUGAAGGAGUCCCUGGUUCUUCCAAAUCCCAUUCUGUCAACGUCCAGCCCCUCAGCUUCAGAAGCCCCUCGACUGCGACAGUCUCAAGCUCUUACCGCCCGUCUGCAAGGCGUCUACCUGCUCUUUGCGGCCUCCAAAAGGAGAAGGAACGUAGUGCUGUUGCUCAUGCUUGCUGCUUUUGCCUUUUUCAGGGUAGCUCUCCAGGGUGGCAUUUCCAUCUUCAUCUUGUAUGAACUGAACACUCCUCUGUGCUGGAGUGAGGUGUUGGUGGGUUAUGGCUCAGCUCUCUCCACUGCCAUGUAUCUGGUGAGUUUUGCCGGUGUGGCACUGCUGUCCCGCUGUCUACCUGAUGCCUACAUCAUCCUACUGGGGUUGAUGUCAGUGGCAGCCGGCCUCAUCAUGGCAGCAUUUGCCAAGUCUACUCUGCUCAUGUUCCUGGUGCGACUGCCUUUGCUGCUGUCCAUCAUGCCAACUCCUGUACUACGAUCAAUGAUGUCCAAAAUAGUGUCUGGAUCUGAACAAGGUGCCAUGUUUGCGUGUAUAGCCUUUGUGGAGAUGUUGAGUGUUGGCGUUUCAUUUACAAUGUUCAGCAGCAUCUAUGCAGCUACACUGUCCUGGUUUUCCGGGUUUACUUUCCUGCUGGCUGCAGCCCUCACUCUCAUACCAGCCACCCUGAUCUGCAUGACUGAUUUUAUCUCAGACUGAGGCUGUGUCAGAAAUCGCAUACUCUCUUGAUGUUAUUCUUUGUCUCCGUCUGGAUGUGUAUGAGGAAUCCAUCGUACUGACGCAGGAGAGCAUGGAAAACCAUACAGAAAUCUUUGAACUUCCACCAUGACAUGGACACUGGAAAGUCUUUGGCAUGACAAUAGUGUCCUCUAGUGGGAAAUUAGAAAACAAUUACAUGAAUGGAGAGGUUAAAUCUCUGAACUCUGAUAUGAGCGUUGAUGUUCUUGUUUUCUUCUUGGGUCCUAAAUGAAUGGUUCUUUAGGAUGAAGAACAGCUGAAAGAUACUGUCAUUCUCAUUUGUAAAAAAUGACUAAAGAAAUUCUGUUUUUACUGUAGAUUUUAUUUAAUUUCAUGCAUACUUGUAUAAGGUGGCAUUUGAAAAUUGCGUAACAUGUUGAUAUAUUUUCUGAAAUACGAUAUUGUAUUUUUUAAAUAAAGUCAUUUGUAAACCUUAA